AUGGAGGGUGGCAAUGUUGUCAAUGGGCCAGGAGGGUCAAGAUGGAACCCUACAAAGGAGAAAAUAAACCUACUUGAGAAUUUGUACAUGCAGGGUUUAAAAACUCCAGGUGCAGAACAAAUUCAGCUGAUUAAAAAUAGGCUGAAGGCUUCUGGGCACAUUGAGGGCCAUAAUGUUUUAUAUUGGUUUCAGAAUCACAAGACAAGACAAGGACAGAAGCAGGAUAAUAUUGCUUCUUUUAAUCGGUUUCUCCCUAAAAACCCAGUUUUUCCACCAAACCUCAAUGUUGUUUGCGGCCCCUGCUUCAGACAACCACCACCUCAGGCUGAUUUAGAAUUGUACCAACAGUGCUCAAAGAUGCCCCUAUAUGGAGGUUUCAAAAGGAGACUAAUCCCAGAAAAUAACGAUAAAAACAAGCACCCUGCAUGUCAAAAGUACAACAGAUUCAUGCAUCCCAGAAGCAUAAACCAGGGGUCGGGAGUACCAGUCUUUUGCAAAGGACAAUACUAA